CUGCCUUGUCACACGCUGUGAGUUUGCCAUGGAUUUGCAAGCGUAUUCGUGGGCUUGUGGCAGCAGUAUUCGCGCCAUUUCUGGGCCAGAAAAAACAUUGAAUAAAAAUCCAACUCAAGAUGAGGAAUCCGUCCAACCAACACAUGCGCAAGGUUUGCUCAGUCUGUGGGCAGCUGCUGUUCAUGUGGCGGCUGCACAAGGAGACAUAGAAGAUAUCGAAUCCGAACUGGGACCUGCAAUUUCCCUUCGUGCAGAAAGAGAACCAGUACCAAUGUUAGCUUCAAUUGACGAAAUUGAAGAUGGCUCUCAAGAAGUUGAUUCACCACAUUCGCAAGACACAGAAAAAGAAAAUUUUUCUGAAAACAGAUUUGGUACAGGUUUGUUGGACCAAAAAAACGACGAUGAAAAAACAAUUCUUCAUGAUGGCAACCGUACGUCCAUUGUUCCAUUAGCUGAAAUCCGAAGAGAUUCAGCAACGGGGAAGGACACAGAUGCAGGUUUUUUGGCAUUGCUUUCUGCUUGGUCGGAUGAUGCUCCAGCUUCGAAAUUAUUGGAGAAGGCUCGAUUGGAACCGGCAAAAACCUCCAGCAAGCAAAACAAAAGGGCUGAAUACAGCCGAAUCGAGAAAACAGGGAGAACACCCAGCAAGGUGGUUCUUGAAAAACUGCGUUCGAAGUUCCCGCAUACUCGAGCAUCCAGCCCGCCACCAGAGUCAAAACGAUGGAGGACGCAAGACUUUGAUAUAUAUUUUGGCACUGAUGGUGCAAUCAAGCCCCGAGCGGAGCCGUGGCCAACUCUGGAGGAAGAUGUGGCCAAAGAGAUGCAGAGCACAAGUCGAGCGAGUCCUUUACUGGCUGAGUUGCGCAUGCAGCUUGCAGCAGAUAGGGUGACAAGAGCCCCAUCGGACUACAGCUCCUUUUCCAAACACCUCUCUGACAAAGGCGAUCCUCGUCAAUUGCCGGUGGCUGAGGUGAUUGCAGUGCAGCGUGCGCGGCGUGCACCAGAGGAUCUGAAAGCGCCUGUUUGUGUUGAGAAACAACGCGGUUGGAAGAUGAGGAGCUGGGGAAUGGCAUUCUGGAGCUACGAAUGUGGCGAGGCAGCCUGUGAGUGCUUGAGACAAUAUCCGCCAAGCACUGGAAGUUCUGAUCCUGGCCAGAUUCCUGUCCGCGCAAGAGUGGAUGAGCUGGGCAAAUACAUCAAUAUUUUGCAUGACAUGGAUCCGCAGUGUGCAGAGGACCGCUACCUGGCUUAUCCUCGAUACAUUGCAAGCUGGUCUCCCUUUGAUUCCAUCCCAAAGGCCAAGCGGCUGUUUGAGCAGGAUCUCAAUAGCAGAAGAAGACAAUGGGCUCCACCUGGUCUCAAGGAUCAGACUCCAAAGUGGUUUGAUCUUUGUUGCUUAGCGGUUGGACUACAAAUUGUGCAAGAGCUCGCUGCGCAGGAUACUCUGCAGUUUGGUCCGGCUGGCGCCGUGACAAGACUACAUGUUGAGAACAAUAUGGCGCAUGUUUGGCAUUCGCAGAUCCAGGGACGGCGGAUGUUCGUAAUGUUUUCACCACAGGAAACGGAAAAACUUGCUGGCCAGUCCUGCAAAGGUGCAUUCGGAAGAGAAAGCCGUGAAUGGACGAGUGCAGUGGACAUAUUUUCGACUGGCCAAAAACGUGGCAGACUCUCUGAAGCUUCAGCUCAUGUUGUUGUGUUGGAGCCUGGCGAGACUGUGCUUGUGCCAGCGGGGUGGUGGCAAUGCAGCGUAGCACUGGAACCCUUCACCACCGUCUCCAGACGCUUCUGGAACAGGUCGAAUCGCCUUGGAAUUUGCGAUGAAAUUGCUCGCUUGUCUGACCUGCGGGAGCCUGGUCCAAGCCAACGUAUGCGUCUGGAAUCACAACUGCCCGGACUUCGUGAACAAAUCCAAGAGGACGAUUUAUCGUCGGGCGAAGAUUGAAAUUGAAAUUAAAAAAUGUGCAGGAGAUACAUUGCACAUACUUGAUUAACGGCUACAAA